AUGAGGACCAGGCUGAGACUUCUGCUACUGCUGGCAACAGCGGUGUGCGUAUCUUAUGCACAAACCAACAACAACAGCGUCAAUGAAAGCAGGCAGCCCCAGGCCCAGCCACAGACCCAGCCACAACAGCGCAGCGUCUGGGAUGAGCCCAUUCGAUUCAAUACCAAGAGCAAAGAUUCCUGCACCAUGGUAGUGUCCGGAGUGGGGGACUAUACCCGCCUGCGUGUGUCCUGCAAAAGCCAGACUGGUGGACAGUCCUACUACUGUGACUUCCAAGGCAAACCCAACCUCUGUCGGCCGUACAACCUCAACCCACGCCACUACUUCACCCAGAUGAUGUGGGAGCUCAGGAAGCAGAACAACGCAUGUCAGGGACCCAAGGUUUACCGCCCCGCAAUGUGCAAGAAGUACCCAGACGAAGCUCACAUGACCUACCUGUCUGCCUACCCCAAACCUGCUACCCCAAAGCCUUCCAAGCCUGUGCAGGAGCCUCGCAAACCAGUGGUGCCAGUAACCCAGCCAAAACCUGUCACAACUCCCAAACCAGUGAAGCCUCAGCCACAGCCGGUCAGACCCCAGCCAGGGAAGACCCCCCAGGCCAAGAAGACCACUCCCAAACCUGCGAAGACCACUACUCGUCCCACGGAGCAAUCUGAAACCAAGGCAUCUCGCAUUGCUACGGAGUAUUGCUGGAGGAGUUUCCAUGGUAUCUGCACCUACUUCAUCGGCUGGUUCCAAAACUGA